UACAUGUUGAUAGGUCAUUAUUGAUUUUACAAGAACAUUCGAAGAUAUUCAACAAUGAACAUUUUUCAUUCGCUUAUGUUUUAACAGUUAUUGAUAUAAAAUUUUGUUUAUAAAUAAGUAGACCUGGACAAAAUUUUAGUGAAAUGUGGUUUUCCUGGCUGCAAAUAACAUUAAAUUAUUGGGGUGCGAAAUUCAAACGCUAAAAAAAAGAAAAUUGCAUAUUCCUUUGACCACAAAGACGCACGCUUGGCACUAAUGUCGCAGGUUGAAUGCAAAGUAGAAAAAAUAAGUGAAUACAUAGAUACUCAAUAUUCUGGAGGUGACACUAACAAAAUGAAAUUAAAACAGCUCUACCAGGAAGAAAAUAACAACGAUAUCGAUGAAAUUACUAAAAAUUUUGACAUGGGAUGCAUAGUUGAUACUGUAAAACGACCGCCAAAUAUUUGCGUCGAGACAUGUGUAUACAAUUCGGAAUCUGAGAGUGAAAAAUCGGAGGCAAACGAUGAAAAUGAUGAGCAUUAUUCAGAUGAGUUUGAAGAGGAUAGUGAGGUGGAGGAAACAAAAAUCGUUACAAAGUCCGUCAGCGAUAGUUCAUGUAAAACACAAUUGGAUAACGAUAAAACAAAUAAAUCGGUUAAGAUGUCGAAAAGUCAUACAUCUGUAUCUAGCAAACCUCAGUCAAUAUCUGGCAGAUCUUCUGACUAUGGCUCAAUCUCAGUACCCCAAACACGUCGAAUCAAUAUGUCAUUCACAAAUGAAAGAUUACGGGAGAUUGAAAGGCACAAUCACAUUCUCUUGAACAAGAUCCUUGGUGCUCGUAAUAACAAAAAGUGUGCGGCGAAAGACCCUACCAAAAAACCGGUACCAUCCGCGGCUGUCCACAGAAAACUCAAACAGAGGCAAAUUGACCAUGAUAAUAUGAUUCUAUUAAAAAAAAUACAACGAGCCAAAUCUUCGGCUUACAGCGUACGACGUUGAUAUAACCAGCGCGCUCUGCGCGCAGGCACUCGAUACCUCUUCAUUGUUGAAUAUAUUUUUACUACUAAUUUUA